AUGGUUGCCCGCAAAUACCAUCCUUAUUCUAGUUAUUUUGUUGAUAGUCCUGGUGUAGUUAAGAUUGCCAAAUGUAGUGUGCAUGAUUACCAUAGUCCAAAUCGUGCUCAUGAAAAUUAUAACCAGGCAUCUGUUUAUAUCAAUUCAAACGACAGCACUGAGAUCUCAAGCGAAUCGUCAGCAAAAACCACAAAUGUUGGUGACAAUGUAACCGCGCCUGAAGUCUGUGUCUCUCAACUUGAAGUAUAUCUAAAUCAAAAAGAGAAACAAUCUAUUUCUAAUUACCCACAGCAGAAACAGCCCAAAACCCGCUCGUACAGUAUACCCUCCCGACAAAGUGAUUAUAGUGCAGAGAAAAAUACUAAUAAUAAAUCUUCAAACCAAAAUGUGCCUUCAUUAAGACCAGCAAUCAUUAACAAUAGUAGUACGAUCACGGCGGAUAUAGAGAAAAACGUGCAGAGCAAAAGUCAACUGUGUACAAAUCGUGCUUCAACGUUUCCUAAAAUGACCGCAAUACCUGUGCGUGUUACAUCUCGCAAAGAGCGAGACUUGCGACAAUAUGAUACUUUUGAUUGGCACCAAACAAGUCCGACGAAAAGGUAUUUUGUUGGUGGAUUUAAUAAAUCGGUGUCAAUUAAAUACCUGACUAAUUUUGUGACAAGCAGGGGCGCAACGGUGACAAUGAUUCGUAAAUUCCCAAUGAGGAAAUCGAGAAAUAAAGUUAUUGUCCGUUUAAAUGUGGAAGCCAAUGAAAACGCGGAUUUAGUCUUAGAUCCAGGAUUUUGGCCAAAAGACUAUAGUUUAGCAUUACCUAGUAAUCGAAAAAUAGGUAAAGGUGGUGUAGCUAUUCUUUGGCAUAAAAGACUCGAUAUGCGUGUAACACCAUUGCCUUUAGACGAUGAUCGUAUUAUUGGUAUACAGGUACAAAUACAACCUGAUUUAUAUAUGUUCGUAUUUCAGUUAUAUCUACCAUGUUCUAACCACUCUAUUGAGUCAUUUAGACGUUAUAUUGACAAACUAUAUAACUUAUGGUUUAUGUAUAGAGAAAGUGGUAUACCAAUUUUCAUAGGUGAUGUUAAUACUGAUGUUAAAACUGAUAGCAGUAGCACCAGAGAACAGCUAUUUUGUAAUUUUUUGUAUAAUACUAAUUAUCUUUCUUUAAACAAACUAGACAGUUGUAAAGGAGCUAAGUACUCAUAUGUUUCUUAUGAUGAUCGUUACUUUUCACUCAUUGAUCAUAUAUGUAUGCCAGUUGAAACUAUAGAUUAUGUAAAAUGCUGUGAAAUUCUUGAUGAUGAUGCCCUCAACGUUUCCCGCCAUAGGCCUAUAGUUACAUCACUAGAAUUUACUACGAACAGCAAUUUAAGUGACACAAGGCUGAAAGUUGUAGAAACUGUAUCCAAAAUAAACUGGAAAGGAGUCAAAGAGAGUGACAAAGAUGAUUAUGUAUCUGCUAUUAAAGCCAAAAGUGAAUUGCUUCGACUGAAACAUUGUGAGUUAAAUCGGUCAGAUGUCGAUAAUGCAUAUACGACCGUUAUUAAGGCAAUAACAGAGUCAUCCGCAUGUCUCCCGGUAUCAAAGUACAAACAAUACCUUAAACCCUACUGGAGUAUUGAACUUGGGAACGCGCACACUCAUAUGAAAGAAAAACGUAGAUUGUGGUGUCGGGAAGGUCGGCCCCGAGAUAUAACAAACCUCUUUUAUAUUGAGUAUAAAAAUGCCAAACGUGACUUUAAACGCUUGAAUAAUUACCAUGUGAAUCAGUAUCUUAGACAAUUAGAUCAUGAAAUUGACAAAACAGCCGAGGCGGAUUCCGAUAAAUCCUGGAAAAUUGUUAAUUCUCGUAAAAAUUCAACAAAAUGCUCAUCAGGAGCUGGAAUAAAAUUUAAUGACACUAUUUACAGGGAUAAACAAGACUUAACAGAACAAUGGGGACUCUACUUUAAAGACCUGUAUUCGCCGUCUGUAAAUGCUGACUUUGACGCGGAUUGGUACCAACAUGUAAACAGUACCUUACAAUCAACAAAAGAAACUAUUUCCCCGGAUGUAUCUACUACUGUUCUGCCGCAAACAGUGAGCGAAUUGAUUCUAUCAUGUCCGAAAGGGAAAGCUUGUGGUCACGAUAAUGUGUAUUAUGAACAUCUCAUCUUAGCACGUGAUAUUCUCUCUCCUAUACUUGCCAACAUUUUUUCAUAUAUGCUGAGAUUAUCAUACAUACCAGAUGAAAUGAAAAAGGGAAUCAUAAUAACAUUGCAUAAAGGAGGAAAGAAACGAAAAGACGAUCCCAACAAUUAUAGGGCAAUAUCAUUAACAUCAACAAUCCUGAAAGUGUUUGAAAUGGUUGUUAUGAGUCGAUGUAAAGAACACCUCACGUCAAAAUUGAAUGUCCAACAAGGAGGGUUUCAGGAGCAGUUAGGUUGCCUAAUGACGUCAUUUGUUUUACGCGAAUGUGUGCAUUAUUCUCGAGAAUACAACAGCAAACUAUACGUGUGUUUUUUAGACGGACGUCAGGCUUUUGACCGAGUCUGGCAUGAUGGAAUAUUGUAUAAGCUGAUAGAGGCUUGUGUCGAUGACACAUCAUUAUUAGCAUUUAAAGAAAUUUACCGGAAUAUUUUUAGUUAUGUCCGGAAUCAGGGAUAUAUAUCAGACAUUUUCCCAAUUUUGCAAGGAACCAGACAAGGAAGUAAAAGCUCACCAAUGCUUUAUCUUCUUUAUAUAAAUGGACUUAUUAAUGAAAUUGAAUCAAGUGGACUUGUUUUCUGCAUGUACAACUCGAAUAUAUCUUCACCAACAGUAGCAGACGAUAUGGUACUAGUAUCAUUUUCAAAGCAUGGACUGGACAUGAUGUUAUCAAUUUGUAACAGAUAUUCAUUAAAGUGGCGUUUCGAGUACAAUGCCAAUAAAUGCGGCAUAAUUGUAUUCAAUGAAGUAAACUCGGAAAAUCUCCAAAGAAUAUGGACACUUGGUACACAAACGAUCCAUGAGGUAGACAACUAUACUCAUCUUGGAAUUGACU